AAUCAAACUGUUUUCUGGAUGAAUGGGACUCGGUGAGGCGGGGGAAAUAAAUCUGUCACAAAACACAAGGAAUAUAACAUAAAUGUUUGAAACAAUGGCACUUCCUCUGUCAACUCUAACUGUGCUGGUUCCCCUUCUGUCUUUAGCUGGACUACUGUAUUCGGCUAUGGUUGAUGAGAAUUUCCCUCAGGGGUGUACUAGUACAGGCAGUGUGUGUUUUUAUAGCCUCCUGCUCCCCAUCACGAUACCAGUGUACGUUUUCUUUCACCUGUGGAACUGGAUGGGGAUUAAGCUUUUCAGGCACAACUAGUUUGAGAUCAGUACUGUUGGCAUGCAGAGUGGUAUGAACAAAUGUGGUUAAUUCUUGCAUUGAAUGUUGCCUCUAAUAGAUACAAUUAUAGCUUUGUGUUUUAGAUCAAGAUUGCAUGUUCAACGGAAAGUUUGGGGAAGGUUAUUGUAUGUGUUUUACUGGUGUCGAUUAACAAAUUUCUUGCAACGGAAAUAUAUUUUUAGGAAACUCGCAUCAAGCCCGUCGAGCCCUUUUAGAGUCUGGAUUUGAAGUCGGUGCCCUGCACUGCAAACAUGUGCAAAUUGUCUAUCCAUUCGGAGUCAGAAGUAGAAAUUAGGCCGGUGACCCCUAGCUGGUGGCUUGGGGUUUUAGAAAGCUUUGAACAACCCUUCACUGUGAAAACAAACCCUGCUGUUCAAUUGUUAAUGAAUGUAAACCGUGCUUUAAUGUGUUUUGUGCAACUUGAUUUGGUUUUGAAUAAAAUCAGUUUGGAACAAU